GCCUCCUUCUCCACACGACCCCCUCCUCGCCCUUCAAGCCCGUCGUUGCCGCCCAUCACCCGCGAGCGUGCACCUCUGCCGCAGCAGCCGCAGGCAUCCUCGAUGCGCAGCGAUGCCUCGUCGUCCAGCCCCGCCGCGCUGCUAGCCGCCGCCUCUGCGCCGCCCGCCAGCGCCGGCGGCGGAGGCGGGCCGCUGCCGCUCGGCAGUGCGGCGGUGCCCGGCGCGCCUCUGCACUCGGCACUGCGGCCGGCGACGGGCAUGGCUGGGCACCAUCAGCAUCACCACCAGGCACGCCGCGUCAGCUGGCACGCGGGCGUCGUCGGUGGAGAGGCGUCGCACAUCGACGUGGAGGAGGCGCAUGAGGCACACGCCGCACUGCAUGCGGGACAUGGAAGGCGGAGACGGCGCAGGACGUACCAGGCCAUCUACCUCGCCAUCUUCAGCGUCUCGUACAUCACCUCGCUCGACGCCAACACGGGCUACCUGUACCUCAACUUUGCCUGCUCCGAGUUCGGCGCGCUCGCGUCCUUCUCCACGAUCCAGAUUGUGCAGCAGCUGUGCUACGCCAUUGCCAAGCCGCCGAUCGCAAAGCUGAGCGAUGUGUUUGGACGCGCAGAGGCAUACGCAUGCUCUCUCGUCCUCUACCUCUCCGGCCUCUUCGUCAUUGCAACAGCACGCUCAUUGCCCAUGCUCAUCUGCGGCAUCAUCCUACAAGCAUGCGGCAAUACCGGCGUCCAAGUACUGCAGUCCAUCAUCAUCGCAGACACGACAACAGCGCAGUGGCGAGGCCUCGUCAUUGGCAUCGUCAACAUUCCAUACCUGAUCAACUUUGCAGUAGCAGGCCCGCUCGUUCGCGCCGUCAUGGACAGCUCGUUCGGCUGGCGAGGUGGCUUCGGCCUGUGGCUGAUGCUGCUUCCAGUCGCUGCCGCGCCUCUACUCGUGACGCUGGUCAUCGGACAACGAAGGGCUCGCAAGGCCGGUCUUCUCACUCGCAGCCCGAUCUUCUCGCGCGGCCUGCGCUCGGCACUUUGGACGCUCGCCGUCGAGAUCGAUGCGGUCGGCCUGGCGCUGUUCAGCAGCAGCUUGGCACUCAUUCUUGUGCCGCUCACUCUGGCGGGACACGGCACGCGGUCGUCUGACCAAUUCAUCUACAUCUUCAGCGGCGUCUGUCUGCUCGCCGCAUUCGCCUGGCAGCAAGGCCAAGCCAGUCUGCCCAUCAUGCCCGUGCGCAUCCUGCGCAAUCCAGCCGUCGUGUACAUCUGUCUCUGCGGCAUUCUCGACUUCUUCUCCUUCUACCUCUCCUUCUGCUUCCUCAGCGCCUUUGUGCAGGUGCUCAAGGACUGGGAUCAGGCGCGCACCGCGUACUUUGCCACUACGCAGAACGUCACGAGCACGCUCAUCGGCAUCGGCGUCGGCUACCUCAUGGCACGCACGCGGCGCUACAAGGCGCUGCUCGUCUGCGGCUUCAUCGUGCGCUUGGUCGGCGUGUCGCUAAUGGUGCGCUACCGCUCCGAGAUCAGCACCACAGGCCUACUCGUCAUGUGCCAGCUGCUGCAAGGCAUCGGCGGCGGCAGCAUUGCCAUCACGAUGCAGGUGGCUGUGCAGACGGCCGUGCGGCACUCCGACAUCGCAGUCGUCACGGCACUCGAGCUGCUCACGACCGAGAUUGGCGCCGCAGCUGGCAGUGCCGUUGCGGGCCUCGUCUUCUCGCGCGAUCUGCCUCUGGCACUCGCUCGCUUCUUGCCCAGCAUGCCCGAAGAAGAGCGCCAGCGCAUCUACGGCAGUCUCUCGGUGGCGCUCUCCUACGCGCUCGGCUCCGAGGAGCGCGAGGGCAUCAUCGAGGCGUGGGUUUCGGUGAUGCGCACGCUGUGCAUCAUUGCCUCUCUGGCUCUUGUGCCCGGCGUCUUCCUCGCCAUCUCGGUGCCGGAUCAUCAUCUGCCGGACGCACAUGGCGCGCCAAGCAGCGUCAACGUCGGCGGCGCUGCGCGAAGGAGAGCUCCGUCUGGACCGAGAAGUCCUCGGCUGCUGCCGCGACCGCUGACAAUAGCGGAGCCGGAAUCUGCAAGGCAUCAUCAUCUCGCCGUGCCGCCGCAGACGACGAGCUUGGGCCUCGUCUCGCCAAGCAGCUCAGUCCGACGAGAGCGGAGCUCCUUGGACGAACUGCCUCUGCCGUCGACGACAAGAAGUGCUCCACGAAGUAGAGGACGUACGGGCGCGGAGCAGGAGCCUUUGCUAGCAGACAGUGACAGCGAUGAUGGCAGCUAGACCCAAAGGAAUGCAUCACUCAAAUCUCAGCC